AUGAGUUGGAAGCCAGAGGUGAGCGUGGAGGAAGCCAGCGCACUGCUUGCGAAAGUCUAUGGCCUGGUUGGAGAAAGUGUGACGGCACUGCCCGGCUACGACGACGCCAACUUCUGCGUCAGGACGGCCGACGGAGGCAAGUACACCCUCAAGUUUUCUCACUUCGGCGAGAGCGAGGGGUUUCUUGACAUGCAGAAUCAAAGCAUGGAGUGGCUGGUGAACAAGGGACUGUGCGCUCCGGCUGCUAUUCCCUCCGUCUCUGGCGCACUCAUUCCGCAAGUCACACUGAAGAAGCCCGGCGGCGGAGAGGAGCAGACCUUUGUGCGCUUGCUCAAGUUCAUCGAAGGUAGCACUCUCAUGCAUGCCGCUCCCUCUCCGCAGCUUUACCACUCUGUGGGCGCGUUUGCGGCCAAGAUGGAUCAGGCCUGGACAGGGUUCAGUCACCCGUUCGUACGCACUGACUACGCUUGGGAUAUCAAAAACCUGAUGGGCAUGAAACCAUACGUGUCGUCCCUCACGCGAGCCGAGACCCCCGCUCCACAGAUCAAACUUGUGGAAGCUGUGUUCGAUCAAUUUGAGAAGGAGGUCCUUCCGCUCCUCGACUCUAUCCCAUCUGGCGUGAUCCACUGUGACGGUAACGCGCUCAACAUCAUCGUGGACGAGGAAAGAAACGAGGUGAAGGCAUUCAUCGACUUUGGCGACGUCUCUCACACCAAUCUUGUGAACGAGCUGGCCAUCUUGAUGGCCUAUGCCAUGAUCGACAAGAUCCGCAAGGAGGAGAAAGCCGAGGGUGGGCCUGGAGCGGAGAAGGACACGAGGAUACUGGAGGUCGGCAAAAACGUACUGCAGGGCUAUGGCCAAGUGAGCCCGCUCUCCGAUACCGAGCUGCGGCUACUGCCCUGCCUGGUGAAGGCCCGGCUGGUGACCUCCGUUCUCUUCAGUGCCCACACUUUGCUCCAGCGACCAGAGGACAAGGACUACCUCACGGUGGAUGCUCGCCCGGGCUGGAUUCUGCUGCAGCUGCUUUCCUCCCGCUCCGACGCAGAACUCCUGGCGACCCUUCGCCCCUGCUGA